GGAACCCACCGUAGACCUUUUUUGCAGACCUCUAAAUCACCAACAUUUGUAGAAUGUUGACUCCGAAACCUCAUCUACCCUUUGGCGGAGGAAACAGAUCUUCUUAUCCAACAUUCGGUUUUUUUCGUUUCGUUUUUUCUUUUAGUCCAAGUGACGCUUUUCGAGUAUGCACCGUUUCGACAGUUCAACAGUUCAACAUUUCCAUUCCGUAGCCGCAUCUUCAUAGCCGAUCGAACGGAACGACAUCUACAAUGCCUGGCGGACUAGAAGCAUCACGUUGGGCACCAGCCCCGACCAAUUAUCGCAUAAACAAACAACAAAGUAACCGUAACCGCCGUCGCUCUGCGCGAACCUCGUCGUCGUCUCUAUCGCAAUCUACCCCCUCGACCAAAUCGGCCUCGCGAUCCGAUAACUUCCUUACCCAAGACGAAUUAUCCAACGGCCUACCCCCGCCUGAAUACGAGUUGUCUCGAUUCCUCAAGAUUGUCGCUCGUCUCAAUUGGAAAAUGCCGUUCCUUAAGGAGGGAUAUCGCAUAGCUAUAGAUAAUGCUGGCAAGCCGCCGUCUCAAGUCGAAGCUCACGAGAUUCAAUUCAAGUUGGACUUCCACGAAUUCUACAUGCUCAUCGAGCGAGCCCUGGUCCGCCUCAUGGGCAUAUUUGGAAUCGCCGUGAAGAAUCAAGGCGCUACAAUCAACGGCGUUUUCACACUAUACGGAAGCUCAGAGGGCGGUCAGCAUCGGUACCAUGCAAACGUUCUUAGGGCGCUUGAAGACUCGAAAAAUCCCCUCAAUGUCAUAUUUGGCGCCCCUGAAGUCAAGAAGCAGCUAAUGAGGGCUAAGGAUCUCCGCAACCGCUGGAAGAACAUUGACGAAGCAGAUUCAGCAUCACUUCCACCCGCACCGCUCUCAGCCUAUAACCUCGAGCUUAUGGUGCAGACUAUUCUUUCGGCGAUCGAACGCGCUCACGCUUUCACCGUCGAAUAUGUUGUUAAGCGCGAAGGAAAACCCAUGAAUACUCCUAGUGAGACUGUCGGGGAGAAAGACUGGGAGUUUAUGGUGGAUGCGAUGGAUUGGGAAGCCGUUUGAUUUACCUUACUUCUAGGCAUAUUGACGCGUUGACGCGUUGACGCGACAAGCCAUUAGUUGAAUUCCUCUCUUCCAAGGUUGUUUCUUUCAAUUAUAGGUUAGGUACCUAGGUACUCAGUCUUGACACUGGCGUUUAGGUUGACGAUACGAUUACGAUUAUGGCAUGAUACCCGGACCUAUAGGAUAAGGUAUCCUUUUGGCUCAGCAGGAAUUGUUUGUAUUGUUUGUACACUAGCAUCUGUUUUGCGUUACCUCAGGUUCAACUCUCAGGUUCAACUAUUAUGUUAGGUAGUUACAUAGUUGAACACUAAACCUAACAAUUCAUAAUCAUCUUUACUUA